CUUUUGGAAUGUUGGCCAGGAAUAUUAAAGCCUAUUGGCCGAAUGUCCACGGAAAAACUGCGUGAUCAUUCUGUGGUAAUCUCCCAAACACACACAAGGUCAGGAUUACGACAAAUCAUCAUCUCUCCUCUACUGAGAGAAAAUAAAAAGAGGGAGCUCAAAUCCAUUUGGAGACUUUCCACUUUCUCCGUCUGCCAGCCAUGAAUGUUCUCUGGUUCCUGGAAGGUUUGAGGAGUUAUCCAAUUAAGGGGUUAUCUCUCCUUUUAGUUGCCUAGUCUGUAGGGCAUUAAGCUUCCUGCCGUCAUCAGCAGUCAAUCCCAGAUCACAGCAGCAGACUCUUCACAUCUCACUCUCUGUCCACUGAAGCCACUGCUGGGCUUCUGGAUUUGACCAACCGCUUGCGAAUUUUCAUCCAGAAGGAAAGGCCUCGGAGGAGUUAUGGGCGCCCACGCAUCCAACCUGGAUGAAGUCUUGGCUGAGGACAUGCACUACUGGUACAACAAGUUCAUGAGGGAAUCUCCGUCAGGCUUGAUUACGCUGUUCGAGCUCAAAAACAUGCUGGAGAUGCAGGGCAUGACGGAGGAGGCCAGCAGCUACGUGGACCAGGUCUUCUUCACCUUCGACAUGGACGGGGACGGCUAUAUAGAUUUCGUGGAGUACAUCGCCGCUGUAAGUUUGCUCCUGAAGGGAGAAAUAAACCAGAAGCUGAAGUGGUACUUCAAACUCUUCGACCAGGACGGAAACGGCAAGAUCGACAGAGAUGAGAUGGAGACCAUAUUCAAGGCCAUCCAGGACAUCACCCGGAGUUAUGAAAUCCCUCCAGAUGAUAUCGUGAGUCUGAUCUAUGAGAGGAUUGAUGUUAAUAAUGAAGGUGAGCUGACGCUGGAGGAGUUCAUCACAGGAGCUAAAGAGCAUCCAGACAUCAUGGAGAUGCUCACUAAGAUGAUGGACCUCACACACGUCCUGGAGAUCAUCGUCAACGGACAGAAGAAAAAGAAGGAGUGAAGCUGUGGACGAGAUCAAAAAGAAGAAUAGGAAGAAGAGACGAUCCAGUCUGCAAAGCCCAAAACAGACUGGACAGAGGAUGAAACUAGCAUCUCAAAGGUGGACAUGAGCGAUCAUCAACAUCAUCACUUUCUCUUUGCGUGUGUUUGUGCCUCCAGAUAUCCCAGUUUCCCUUCUACUUUCCACUGUGCUGAAAUGACACUCGAGGAGAACAAGUCAUGAUUAAAUGGGAUUCCUGUCCUAUUUGAGGGAGUUUGGGAGCAUGUGCUUACCAACGGACAUGUGUAGUGGAGAAAUAAGUCACAGUUUAAAGUGUAUGAAUGUGUUUGCAUUGGAUGAAUCAGCACAAUCGCACAUUUUAAAGGUCUACUGAAGUGCUUUGGAACGCGCAUUUGUUUAUAAACUUGAUUUUUGAUGUAAUCUCAACUGAACGAUGGAGAGUGGGUGGGACAGAGUAGCUCCGCCCCCUUUUUAAAAACAGCCAAUGACGUUUCGUUUUUAUAACAGUGAGAGUGGUUGAGCUCAAAAAUAUCAAAUAAACAGAAAAUGAGAAGAAGGGGGCGGGGCAUGUCAGAUACUAGAGAGCAUUCGACUGGUCAGGAGAUUUGACGACAAGCUGAAGUAUGA